AUGGCGUGGGCUUGCUCAGGCACCUCCAACUCAGAGUUGGUCAGCAACAUGGCCGCCAAUGGCUUGAUCAACUCAGACCGCGUCAAGAGCGCCAUGCUCAGUGUUGACCGCGGUCAUUAUGCAACCGCUCGGGCUUAUGAGGAUUCUCCUCAGCCCAUUGGGUAUAGCGCAACGAUAUCUGCUCCACAUAUGCACGCGUCUGCCUGCGAAUCGUUGCUCCCGUUCCUGAACCCUGGUGCGAAAGUCCUGGAUGUUGGCAGCGGAUCUGGAUACCUCUCACACGUGAUGGCGGAGCUCGUGAAACCUAAUGGAACUGUCAUCGGCGUCGAUCAUAUCCAGGAGCUGGUAGACUUGGCAAAGAAGAAUACGGCCAAGAGCAAAGAGGGCAGGGAGCUGCUAGAGAGUGGCGCGGUGAAGUACAUAACCGCGGAUGGCCGGAAGGGCUGGGCAGAAGGCGCGCCCUACGAUGCCAUCCAUGUUGGAGCUGCGGCAGCGGAGCAUCAUCAGACCCUUGUGGACCAAUUAAAGGCACCUGGAAGGCUGUUCGUCCCGGUGGAAGAGGGCUAUAUGCAGCACAUCUACGUGGUGGACAAGAAGGAAGAUGGCAGUGUGGAGAGGAAGAAGCUGUACGGCGUACAGUACGUGCCUUUGACAGACGCGCCGAAGCGCACGUAA